CAUCUAUCAUCUGUCUCCUACUUUCAACUGUCAUACUGGCUGCUGUAAAAGGUAUAAGAAGAUUAUAAUUUAGAUAAAGCUAAACUUUUGAUUAAUCAAGUCCCGAUAAUUCAUCAAUUUCUCCACCAACCCCUCCUCUCUUCUCUAUGGUAGAACUCCAGCCCUAGCAGCGUUGCCACCUCCCUUCCCAAAUGUUCAAUCUCCUUCUCCUCACCAUCACAACAUUCCUCAUCACUCUAUCCCUCGUUCAAUCUCAAGCUCAAAACAACACAGCAACAUGCCCGUUAGACCUCGACGUCCUCCGCAACCUGACAUCUGCCGGCUCCAAUCGCCCCCCCACUUCAGACAUCAACCAGCAGUGUCAGUACAUCCGUCAAGGACUUCGACUUGUUCAAUCCCAUUACCUCCAACGUAACAACUCCUUCCUUCCUCCACUCGACUCUGCUGAAUCUUGCUGGCGCGCUUACCAGGUCCUCAUCGAUGAAUUCCUUCCCAAUUUCGAUAUCCGCUCUUCUUGCGGCUUCAACACUAGCUGGAUCUCCCAGGGCUGUAUGAACAUCUCUACCAGGUCCCAGUUCGAGGCCAUCGUCCCUGUCUCUGCUCUUAAUGAUGUUGCUUCCAACUGUAACCAGUCCCUUGAGAAUAACUCUCCGUGCGCUGCUUGUACUACCAGCUUGUCCACGCUGCAAGCCAGGUACUUGACGGGAACUUCCAUCGGGAACGUUUCGGAUUGCCAGGCAUAUCCCUCCAUUUAUGCCGCGGCUUUUACUAAUAGGUAUGGACCUACUGAUAAGGGCACAGCCAAGUGUUUGUUUUUCCUUGAUUUUAUUUCCAAGAAAUCUAGCAAGAAAAGGAGCAAGGUCUUGAUCUUGGGUGUUUUAUUAGGGGGUGGUGUUGGGUUGGUGGUAUUGAUUGGUUUGUGCUGGAUCUUUCACAAGAGGAAAAAGAGGGCGGACAAAUUUGGGAGAGUACUUGAGACAGAGUUGGGUUCUGGGUUGGAGUCCAUUAGUCAAAGUACUUCUUUGGUUAAAUAUACAUUUGACGAGAUUAGGAAGGCAACUAGAAAUUUUUCUAGAGAUAACAUUAUCGGGAGAGGAGGUUACGGGAAUGUGUAUAAAGGUGAAUUGCCAGAUGGUUCUCUAGUUGCUUUUAAAAGAUUCAAGAAUUGCUCGGCUGCGGGUGAUUCUUCUUUUGCUCAUGAAGUUGAGGUUAUCGCGAGUGUCAGGCAUGUCAAUCUUGUUGCUUUGAGAGGAUAUUGUACCGCUACUAGUCCUUUUGAGGGUCACCAGAGGAUAAUCGUGUGUGAUUUGAUAAAGAAUGGCACUUUGCAUGACCAUUUAUUCGGGUCCAGUGCGGAAAAGCUUAGCUGGCCUAUUCGGCAAAAGAUUGCUUUAGGGACUGCUAGAGGAUUGGCGUAUUUGCACUAUGGAGCUCAGCCGUCAAUUAUUCAUAGGGAUAUUAAAGCUAGUAAUAUACUUCUGGAUGAGAGUUUUGAGCCCAAGGUUGCGGACUUUGGGCUAGCAAAGUUUACCCCAGAAGGAAUGACACAUUUGAGCACCAGGGUAGCAGGGACUAUGGGAUAUGUUGCUCCUGAGUAUGCUUUGUAUGGGCAAUUAACAGAGAGAAGCGACGUGUUUAGCUUUGGUGUCGUGCUUCUCGAGCUUUUGAGUGGGAAGAAGGCACUUAUGGUGGAUCAUGAGGGACAGCCAUCUAUUGUGACUGAUUGGGCAUGGUCAUUAGUGAGAGAAGGGAGAACUUCAGAUGUUAUCGAAGAUGGCAUGCCGGAGUCAGGGUCACAAGAAAUUUUGGAAAAGUAUGUUCUGGUGGGAGUUCUUUGUUCUCAUCCACAGUUAUAUGCUAGGCCAACAAUGGAUCAAGUCGUGAAAAUGUUGGAAACAGAUCUCUCAAUUCCUUCCAUUCCAGAAAGGCCAAUUUCUCUUGUAGCUGAGAUGGAUGAUAUUGAGAGAACUGCGAGCAGAAGGGCCUCUGGUCAGCUCUCUAGUCCAGCUGGCUACCAGCGUUUCACAUUCGAGAAUGAUCGCCCUUCUAUCCGCAAGGAAGAAGGGUCAAGUUCAGACUCUAGAGCAAUAGAAUAGCUGUGACAUUAAUGGUUUGAUUUGCACUGAUUGGUAUGCCCAACCAUUUGUUUGUUGAUUUAGAUUGCAUAUCCUGGAUUUGGAACCACUCCUCUCACUGUAAAGAUAAAUAGAUGAAAAGGAAAAGUUAAUUAGUUUAAGUGAUAUAGGAUGCCUAUCUGAUGUUUUGUUUGCAUAUGAUAUUAUGUAUCUAAAUGAAGAUGUGUAUCAUUGGAUUAAUAAUUAAAGAUGCAUAAUGACCUUCUGCAUCACGUAAAGCUUCAUGCCUUGCAAGUGCUAGAGGUAAUAGUGUUACUGUUUAGCAUAAUCAAGUUGCCAUUUUCAAA